AUGGGAGAACAUUCCCUGAUACCCGUCGGAAGUUGGUGGUUGGUUGGCAUGGUGGUGAUGGUCUUCGUAACUAUGUUGCAGCCGGUGACAUCACAGACGAGUAACAGAAGUAAUACUCUGAUUAGACGGUAUUGCAGUCAAUAUGGUGUAUUAGACGACGAGUUUUUCUCAAGGAACCUCAACACCACCCUUUCUAGCCUCCGGCGGCAGUUGUCCAACGUCACCGAGUACCAUGCUGUUGCACGGACUAUAAUCAAUGGGGAAUCAGUAUACGGUCUUGCUUUGUGCAGGGAGUAUCUCUCCCCUUCAGAGUGUUUGAAUUGUUUUGACCUCGCUGUUAAAGGAGUGAAAGUAUGUGGGAUUGUCAACGGUGGUCAUGUUAUCUACGAUGAUUGUGAUCUAAGGUAUGAGAACAAUAACUUCUACACGGAGGCUAAUGUUAGGGGCAAUGUUGGAGUAUGUGGCAACAACACAUCAUCUCAAGAAGCAUUCAGAGAAACAGUAAAAGAGUUGCUUUCAGACCUUCGAGUUGCAACACCAAGAACACCAGAUUUCUAUGCUGCUUCUACAAGGAGACUCAAAGGCAGCAAUUCAACAGUCUACGCAAUUGCACAAUGCAAUGUAAACAUAAGCCAAAAUGUUUGUGCAGAAUGUUUAUCGAUAAGAAGUACAACCUUAGCCAAUUGCCUUCCUAAUACAUUUGGAAGGGCAAUUGACGCAGGAUGCUUUAUGAGGUACUCCAGCAAUGCGUUUUUUAGAGACAACCAGACCACUGAUUUAACACCCUUUCUCAAGGAUGGAAAUUCAAGCACAAAGAGAGCUAUUAUAGGGGGAGUUCUUGGAGGUGUCGGCUUUCUGUUGAUUGUACUUGUAUUUAUCUUAUGGCAUCGGUCCACCAAAUCAAGUGAUUGCCAACAAGAUAAGUCGACUGGAGCAACUGAAUUGCUGCAAGGCCCCAUGCCUUAUAGCUACAAUGAUUUAAUAAUCGCGACAAAUAAUUUUAGUAAAGAGCACAAGCUUGGUGAAGGAGCAUUUGGAGAGGUAUAUAAGGGGACACUAAGGAACGGUGAAGUAGUUGCAAUAAAAAAAACAACUAUGGCUUCUAGAGGACGAAACACAUACUUUGAUAAUGAACUUAAAAUCAUAAGUAAUGUUCAUCAUCGACAUCUUAUGCGUCUUCUUGGAUAUUGUAACAAAGGACCUCACUUGCUUCUUGUUAUCGAGUUCAUGGAAAAUGGUAGCCUCGAUAAAUUCCUUUAUGGUGAAAAACGAGGGAGCCUAACUUGGAAACAAAGGUUUGAAAUAAUCUUCGGGAUUGCAAGGGGACUUGCAUAUCUACAUGAACAAUACCAUGUCACAAUCGUUCACAGAGAUAUUAAAUCAAGCAAUAUUCUAAUUGAUAAUGACUUUCAGCCAAAACUUUCAGAUUUUGGUCUGGUUAGACUACUACCGGAAGAUAAGACACAUAUCAGCACCAAAGUUGCAGGGGCAUUUGGUUAUGUAGCGCCAGAAUAUGCAGUCCACGGGCAGGUGUCUGAGAAAGUAGAUGCUUACAGCUUUGGUGUUGUGGUCCUUGAAAUUAUUAGCGGAAGGAGGUGCACAGAUGGCAUAGAAAAUGGAUAUGUUACACAAAACUUAGUUGAUUAUGCAUGGAAUCUAUACGAGAAUGGAAUGCAUGUGAAUCUAAUUGAUAUUACCCUAGAACCAAGUGAAUAUGUACAAGAAGAUGUGAAGAAAAUCAUCGAACUAUCCCUGAUGUGCACCCAGUCACCAGCGUCAACAAGACCAUCAAUGUCUGAAGUGGUUACACUUUUAAGUGACAGUUCACCAGAGCAAAGGUCGCCAUUGAGGUCUACCUUAAGUGAACCUCAUUUGCAGAUUCCAUUAGACACCUCCACAUUUGCUCCAUCUACAUCAAAUGCCACUGCCUCAACUGUUGAACUUUCCGAUCGUUAG